AUGGAUUCUACGGAGACUCCCCUUCACACACCCGAGGAUGCUGAAGACGAGCAACCAGUCCAGAAAACAUCCACUCCUUACCCAUCCCAUCCCAUUACCCAACUCCAGGGCGCGUUUGAAGAAUCAAUCGUGGAAACGACCGAUGGUUCAUUAACUAAAUGGGUUGUCGACAUUGACGCACAAACCCGGCGGCGCGAUCUAUUAGAGAAUGAUGAAUACGAGCGGCUUUGUGGCCGAAAGUGGCGUCAAAGGGCCUCUGAAAAAUAUCAUCCGUUUUGGAAAUUGAUUUCCCAAAUGGUCUUUGGAGUCCACCUCCUAUCCAAGAGCCUGGCAAAAUCCGAAGUCUCAGUCAUGAAGAUUCUACAGAAACAUGUGAAUGAGUUGGAUGGCUUUUUGGAAAGGACCACUGAAGACUUUUUGAUCGUCCGAAUAGACGUUCGCACUCGAAUUCAGUAUCUCAGGCUACCACUGGGAAAUCUCGAUGUCUUCGAUGAAAUGUUGGAAGACCGGAAUUUCCGCCUAUCGGUUGUCGCCUAUAACGAUCAGAUCGAACAUGCCAUUGACCGAUUCACACUUGCCAUCACAGACUCACUCAAGGACCUACAAAAGGCAAAGGAGGCCUUGGGUGCACUGUGGUUCUACUUCCGCAAACUUACAGACGAGGGUUGCUUCAAGUCCGAGAGCCUCAAAGCUUUUCAUCAGGCCAUGGUAGAUAAUAUGGAGGGCUGGAUUGUCGCCCUCUCAAAACUUCGUCGACGGGGCACUGCUCUUCAAAAGGCCCUGGCCCAACUUGGCUUGGCGACUACAGAAAUGCAGCGACGGGUGGGGAUAGCGAGUCGAAAGGACGUGCGAUCGUUUAUUAAACAGACUAGCAAGACUGAAAACCGAAGCAAGUCAGUCAAACAAAGACUAUUUGAUAGAGAACGGCCGACAUCAGAAAAACCUCUUCCUCGCGAUCCAUUAUCGAAACCAAAGAGGACAUCAACAGCUUCCAAGCGGUUUCAGAGCUCCCCUGCUGCAGUUAGAGAUCGAACCGGUAUCUCCGCCGACCAACCCAUCCCGAGCGAUGGCCUUCGGCGCAGGAUCAUCAGUCGGGCCAAAUCAUGCAGUGCUCUUAUAGCAGAAGCCAGCGCAGGCGCCAGCAACGAACCACCACCUCCCCUUCCAUCGACCUCCGGAAGGCUCAAGCGCAAGCUCUCCAAGCCCUUCCUACCAAAACGAUCUGCCAGCGAGAAAAUCGACUUGGCUCAAGGUCGACCGAAAACAGCACCUUCCCAACCCUCACGACUCUCACGCAACAUCUCCAUAGAACAACUCCGGGCAUUCUGCACCACCCCACGCCCUCGAACCAGACAAUCCACAGUCAAAUCGGCCACACAAGCGCGACAGGAAGCCCACAACCAACUUACGAAUGGCCGAGAAACCAUGAAGGAACAGAUAUCCCAGUUCCUCAAGACGGAUCGCGUGGUCGAGGCCUGGGAUAACGUAUCCAAGAACGCGUGCUGUACAAUCCCGAUCGCCAAGUCUAAAGAGUGGCCCAGCAGCAUCUUCCGAACCAAGUCUUCUACUCUAGAAACCAAGGGCAACGGCAGCGUCUCCGGGCCGGACCUGGACAGGCAAAUGUCCUGGGUACAGGGGACCUUCGACGUAUUACCUACAUAUUCAUUCAAAGUGAAACCUGACAUGUCCCCCCGGAUCCAUGUUCUAUCGGUGCAGAUGACCCAUGAGGACGCUGACGGGGUAGAGGGGAGAGAGGCGAGUUUGGAUUUGAAAGGUGAACUCGGGUCGAGUAUCACCGCGUUGCCGGCUGUGCCGCCAUCCAUUCCACCGGUUAGUUAA